AUGGCGGUAGACUGGCGUACAAGAAUCUCACGCUGCGCCCCAGGUGAGCAAUAUGAGCCGGUCGUUUGGACGUGGCCCGCCGCCACAUUGUUCAUGGCCAAACCAUUGGCUGUUUUCGGCUCUGCUUCCGCCACUUGUUGCUUCUUGUUGGUCAAACUCGCCCUUGGCCAUGUGCUCGUUCUUCUUCAUCUCCUUGAAGGCCUCACGGGCCUUUUCCUUGCACAGGUCUGCGUACGGGAUGCCGCCCAUCUGCAUGACGAUGUGCGGCUCGAUGGGCGGGGAGUCAUCCAGCUCGUAGGUGGCGGUGGGCUUCUGGACCGGCUUGAUGUCGAUAGGCAGCGGCGGGCGGAGUGGGCGGAGACGACAGGGUGGCGGGCGUAUUGCUGGGCGUGCGGGUCAUGGGAGAGGUGGUGCACUCGUAUUGUUGAUAGUGUAGGUUUCCCUUUCUUGUCUCUGGUGCGGCUGAAAUGCAGCCGGAGCGAUUCUUUCUGUCACUGUUUCAUAGCCUUUUUCAUCUAGCGAUGUGGCGCUCACUCCGACGACAGUGCAGGACUCAUGAGUAAUGUAGCUGCCUGGUUUGCGUAUUAAAAUGUUCUUGGAACAACCAAAUACUUCUGCGGACAUCACAGCCUGCCCUCUGCAGUCCGGAUCCUCAUUCAUUGUCAAGCAAGGUCACCAUAUGGGAAUCACUCCUAUUGGCCUAGUUUCAUGGUCAGAACGCAUUCCGCCAAUCAACAGGUGUCGAAGGUGGCCAUUGUAUCUCUCGGCAAGCUGUCCUCGUCAUUAUCCUGUCCCUACGAAGUACUGUAUUUGCAGCGAAACUGAUAAUUCCACGUCGUUCGCUGAUGCGCCGUGGAUAUCGCUCAUAUGGCUCGACCGUAUGACAUGUAUAUACGGGUUCUGUGAAGAGACUUUACAUUAUUGAGGAACUCUUCCUCGCUUGCUUCCGCUCAAACGGCGUCCUCCAUCGCUUGGAUGCACAUGCUUAACAAGACAUCGGAGCUGUUAAACUUGCAUGGUAUCAGACUUGUACAGGCUCCCAUUUACACAAUCUAUGAUGAACAAUUUGGAAAAGGAAGAAAGUCUAUCUGUCCA